AUGGAAUACAGCGCGCCCUACAGCUCACCCCGCAAGACCAUCUCCAAGUGGUGGAGCAUUGGUUUCUUCAUUGCUGCUGUUAUCUUCUUCAUUAUUGGCGGUGCCCUCGUCGGCUCCUACCUUUCUGCAGGAUACAAGACCUGCACUUCUGCUCUAUACUAUGGCGACUAUACCUAUGACUACUCCUGCUUUGCGGGGAAUAUCGGCAUGUACAAUGGCGGCAUCGCCAUGCUUGUCCUCGGUGGUCUUUCCAAAUUUAUCGGUUGGGUCCUCCUAAUCGUCUAUUGCGUGCAGCGCCGCCGUUGA